AUGAAGCUUAACUUACUACUACUUGUUGGAUUUUUAUUCCUCGUUUGUGCUCAUGAACAUGAUUUUAAAGACGAAAACGGCGUGCUCGUAUUAACGAAGGAAACAUUUGAUUUGGCUUUGAACAAGACUAAAUAUUUACUGGUUGAAUUCUAUGCCCCUUGGUGUGGUCACUGUAAAGCACUUGCACCAGAAUAUGAAAAGGCAGCUUCAGAAUUUAAGGGAGAUGAAAAUGUCUUCUUGGCUAAAGUUGAUGCAACCGCUGAAACAGAUUUAGCUGAAAGAUUUGAAGUACGAGGAUACCCAACCAUCAAAUUCUUCAAGGAAGGAAUUGCUUCAAGUGAUUAUUCAGCUGGCCGUACUUCUCCUGAGAUUAUCAACUGGCUAAAAAAGAAAACUGGCCCUCCUGCCACAACUUUGGCUUCUGUUUCAGAUGCUAAAGCUCUUAUUGAUAAGGAAGAAGUUGUUGUCAUUGGAUUCUUCCAGGAUCCUGAAUCUGCUGAUGCACAAGCCUUCACAAAAGUUGCCUCAAAGAUUGAUGAUAUUCCUUUUGCUAUAACCAGUAAUGCAGAUGUCUUUAAAGAACAUGGUCUUGAAAAAGAUGGAAUUCUACUUUACAAAAAGUUUGAUGAAGGUAAAAACAAAUUUGAAGGUGCCAUAAGUACUGAUGCUGUGGAGAAAUUUGUCGUCUCCAAUAAACUGCCUCUUGUUAUUGACUUCAAUCAGGAUUCAGCUCAAAAAAUAUUUGGAGGGGACAUCAAGAACCAUAUUUUGCUGUUUGUGAAGAAAUCUGAAAUCACUGAUAGUUUAACUGAGGCUUACAAGUCUGUUGCUGCUGAAUUCAAAGGAAAGGUUUUAUUUAUCAACAUUGACAUUGAAGAUGAAGACAAUAUGAGAAUCUUAGAAUUCUUUGGUUUGAAAGAAGAAGAAUGCCCAUCCAUCCGUCUCAUUCGUUUAGAUGAUGAAAUGUCCAAAUUCAAGCCAGCAACAACAGACUUGAGCGCUGCUUCAAUUAAGAAAUUUGUUCAAGACUUUUUGGAUGGUAAACUCAAGCAACACAUGAUGAGUGCUGACCUGCCUAAGGAUUGGGAUGCUGCUCCCGUCAAGAUCCUUGUGGGAUCCAACUUUAAUGAAGUUGCUAAGAAUAAAGACAAAAGUGUCUUUAUUGAAUUUUAUGCUCCCUGGUGUGGACACUGCAAACAAUUGGCUCCUAUUUGGGAUGAGUUGGGAGAGAAUGUUAACUUCUAUGUUCACUUUUAUAUUUGUGUGUAUCCUUUCCUUUCCUUCCCAUCCUUUCCUUCCCAUCCUUUCCUUCCCAUCCUUUCCUUCCCAUCCUUUCCUUCCCAUCCUUUCCUUCCCAUCCUUUCCUUCCAUCCUUUCCUUCCCAUCCUUUCCUUCCCAUCCUUUCCUUCCCAUCCUUUCCUUCCCAUCCUUUCCUUCCCAUCCUUUCCUUCCCAUCCUUUCCUUCCCAUCCUUUCCUUCCCAUCCUUUCCUUCCCAUCCUUUCCUUCCCAUCCUUUCCUUCCCAUCCUUUCCUUCCCAUCCUUUCCUUCCCAUCCUUUCCUUCCCAUCCUUUCCUUCCCAUCCUUUCCUUCCCAUCCUUUCCUUCCCAUCCUUUCCUUCCCAUCCUUUUCCCAUCCUUCCCCCAUCCUUUCCUUCCCAUCCUUUCCUUCCCAUCCUUUCCUUCCCAUCCUUUCCUUCCCAUCCUUUCCUUCCCAUCCUUUCCUUCCCAUCCUUUCCUUCCCAUCCUUUCCUUCCCAUCCUUUCCUUCCCAUCCUUUCCUUCCCAUCCUUUCCUUCCCAUCCUUUCCUUCCCAUCCUUCCUUCCCAUCCUUUCCUUCCCAUCCUUUCCUUCCCAUCCUUUCCUUCCCAUCCUUUCCUUCCCAUCCUUUCCUUCCCAUCCUUUCCUUCCCAUCCUUUCCUUCCCAUCCUUUCCUUCCCAUCCUUUCCUUCCCAUCCUUUCCUUCCCAUCCUUUCCUUCCCAUCCUUUCCUUCCCAUCCUUUCCUUCCCAUCCUUUCCUUCCCAUCCUUUCCUUCCCAUCCUUUCCUUCCCAUCCCAUCCUCACUCAUAUCUAAGGUCUGUUGUGAUUGAUUAUAAUGGUGCAAGGACAUUAGAUGGCUUUGUUAAAUUCUUGGAAAGUGGUGGCAAAGAAGGUGCUGAUUUGGAAUCUGACACUCAUGAUGAGGAAGAAGGGGAGGAGGAGGAAGAGGAAGAAGACCCAAAACAUUUGCUUUCUACGAUCCUUGCAGUGGAAGAGUUAUUAAGAAGGGUUUGUGUGGUGUUAGGUGUGUACCCCCUGGUAGAUGGAUCCUCAGUUAUCAUACUAUGUCAUGAUCCAAUAAUCUCCUGUUAA